GGUCGCCGGGCAGUGAAGCGAGGGAAGCUUCGGUCUUGCCAACAAGCCAAGGACCUCAUCCGGGUAAAUCAUAGCCUUUUAUGAAUUCAAACUUCUACUACUCACCUGCAGCACCUGACCUCUAACCCCUGCUGUACUCUGUGUUGUAGUCCCAUUCGGAGCACAUUUCCCUGCAGCCCCUGCGUGUGGAGAUCCUCCACUCAGCGGUCAUGGCCCACCAGAGCUUCGCCAUGCGGCUGGGCACCUGGUUUCAGAAGAUCAUUGGCUACUCAUUGAGGUUCAGGCAGGUGUUCUGCAACGUCGCUCUGUAGCCCAGCUAAGAGGGGGACCGGCCCAGCCUCAUUUGCCGACUCAUGCUGCACGACGCCAGGUUGUACAAAGGCAAGUAGACCUGGGAGCAUAGAUCAAUCUUUCUCUGCUUUAAGAUGCACCCCUGUUUUGCCUCCAGUCCAUCACAUUCAAACCCAUUCUCUUUUUUCAUCCAGGAGCCCGUAAGCUCAUCCAUGAGUUGAUCUUCUGUAGCCUGCUGAUGGAGACUGAGUACAAGAGGCUCUUUGCCAUGGAGUUCACCAAGGUGUGUCAGAAGUUAAACGUACACUGAUGCUUUUUUUUUUAUCCACAAAAUGUACAUUACAGUUAUGUGGCUAACCUUAACUGUACAUGUCCCACCCCGCUGCCCUCUCUCUGUCUUUCAGCAUUACAAGCAACUGCAGAAGGACUUCAUCCUUGAUGACCAUGAGAGGAGCAUAUCCAUCACAGCUCUAUCUGUGCAGAUCUUCACCGUACCCACUCUGGUGAGAGCUAUGGCGAUCGAUUGUAAUGUGAAGAUUGUUUUUUCUUUGUCAGCCAGGCUCAGCUUACACCACUGUAUCCUCUUCUCUGUGUUCAGGCCAGGCAGCUGAUUGAGGAACGGAAUGUGAUCAAGGUGAUUGUCACGUGUAGCUCAGUUGGUAGAGCAUAGCCAGGGUUGUGGGUUCGAUUCCCACGGGGGGCCAGUAUGAAAAUGUAUGCACUCACUAAACUGUAAGUCGCUCUGGAUAAGAGUGUCUGCUAAAUGACUAAAAAUGUAAAAAAUAAAAUGUUGACACUAUCAUGGAGCUGCUCUGGGAGCAGCUGGAUGCCAACCAUUCUUUCCACUUCCAGGGAUACAACUCAAACAAGUUCUUCCGGAUCCAGGUGAUCUUCCACAACCUGAGGUGGGUGUGACAUACUACUCAGUCUCAUCUCAGACAUUAGGGAUAUGUCUCUUGUUGUAGCUGCCUGAGGCUUAUCUAUAAUUACGUGUUCAAACCUAUUAUUAUGCUUAGAUUUCCUUCCCCCUCUUGACAUGGUCAAAUAACUCAAGCACAGCUUGGUAACCUUUAUUUAAUUUUUUUGGCACACAUAUACUAGAGGUCAUUAAUAACUUGGUCAACUAGAAUGGCACCGAUUGGCUUAUAGGUGGCACUGUUAUAAGCGGUCUCACUCAAACCCUCAAAUCCACAGCCCCGUUUCACCUACAGUCGUGGUCAAAAGUUUUGAGAAUGACACAAAUCCUAAUUUUCACAAAGUCUGCUGCCUCAGUUUUGAUGAUGGCAAUUUGCAUAUACUCCAGAAUGUCAUGAAGAGUGAUCAGAUGAAUUGCAAUUAAUUGCAAAGUCCCUCUUUACCAUGAAAAUGAACUUAAUCCCCCCAAAAACAGUUCCACUGCAUUUCAGCCCUGCCACAAAAGGACCAGCUGCCAUCAUGUCAGUGAUUCUCUCGUUAACACAGGUGAGAGUGUUGAUGAGGACAAGGCUGGAGAUCACUCUGUCAUGCUGAUUGAGUUAGAAUAACAGACUGGAAGCUUUAAAAGGAGGGUGGUGCUUGAAAUCAUUGUUCUUCCUCUGUUAACCAUGGUUACCUGCAAUGAAACACGUGCCAUCAUCAUUGCUUUACACAAAAAUGGCUUCACAGGCAAGGAUAUUGCUGCUAGUAAGAUUGCACCUAAAUCAACCAUUUAUCGGAUCAUCAAGAACUUCAAGGAGAGAGGUUCAAUUGUUGUGAAGAAGGCAUCAAGAAAGUCCAGCAAGCGCCAGGACCGUCUCCUAAAGUUGAUUCAGCUGCGGGAUCGGGGCACCACCAGUGCAGAGCUUGCUCAGUAAUGGCAGCAGGCAGGUGUGAGAGCAUCUGCACGCACAGUGAGGCGAAGACUUUUGGAGGAUGGCCUGGUGUCAAGAAGGGCAGCAAAGAAGCCACUUCUCUCCAGGAAAAACAUCAGGGACAGACUGAUAUUCUGCAAAAGGUACAGGGAUUGGACUGCUGAGGACUGGGGUAAAGUCAUUUUCUCUGAUGAAUCCCCUUUCCGAUUGUUUGGGGCAUCCGGAAAACACCUUGUCCGGAGAAGACAAGGUGAGCGCUACCAUCAGUCCUGUGUCAUGCCAACAGUAAAGCAUCCUGAGACCAUUCAUGUGUGGGGUUGCUUCUCAGCCAAGGGAGUGGGCUCACUCACAAUUUUGCCUAAGAACACAGCCAUGAAUAAAGAAUGGUACCAACACAUCCUCCGAGAGCAAUUUCUCCCAACCAUCCAAGAACAGUUUGGUGACGACCAAUGCCUUUUUCCAGCAUGAUGGAGCACCUUGCCAUAAGGCAAAAGUGAUAACUAAGUGGCUUGGGAACAAAACAUUGACAUUUUGGGUCCAUGGCCAGGAAACUUCCCAGACCUUAAUCCCAUUGAGAACUUGUGGUCGAUCCUCAAGAGGCAGGUGGACAAACAAAAACCCACAAAUUCUGACAAACUCCAAGCAUUGAUUAUGCAAGAAUGGGCUGCCAUCAGUCAGGAUGUGGCCCAGAAGUUAAUUGACAGCAUACCAGGGCAGAUUACAGAGGUCUUGAAAAAGAAGGGUCAACACUGCAAAUAUUGACUCUUUGCAUAAACUUAAUGUAAUUGUCAAUAAAAGCCUUUGACACUUAUGGAAUGCUUGUAAUUAUACUUCAGUAUACCAUAGUAACAUCUGACAAAAAUAUCUCAUGACACUGAAGCAGCGAACUUUGUGAAGACCAAUACUUGUGUCAUUCUCAAAACUUUUGACCACGACUGUAGAGACUUGAAACUUUUGUAUGUAGGUGACUUUCCUCAUGCUGAACAAAUUUGUCUCAAGGACCCAUAAUGUCCGUCAGGAUAGAUUUUCUUCCAUCUUGGACAUUUUGGAAAACCUUUGAAAAACGUUUUCUCGUGAACCAUAAGCAAAUAACACCAAAUUCUAUAUGUUGGACCAUGGUCCAUCUCUUAACUUAGUCUGAAAAGCUGAGAAUAGAUUUUACGUGUCCAUUUAAAUCCUUUGUAAAUCCACUUCACAUUGGCCUUAACUUUUUCGGGUCAUCAAAGACAUUACCACAAUGAAACAUGUUAAGAUUGGCAUUGAUAUCUUCAAAAAUGUGGUAACCAUUAACAAUUCACUUUCUUUGACUAUGUAUCGCUAAUGCUUAAAAUAAUUUUAAAAAAUCUUCUCAUGGACUAAAAGUCCAAUUCACUCCUAAUUUGGUCUUUAGUCUCAUCACAAUAGUCCCUAAAGAGUUUGAGGAAAUAACGUUGAUGCGUUCAAAGAUACCCAAAAUAUACUAGUAGAUGCAUAUUAGCACAAACGCUUCUUCUCAUGAACCAUAAGACCUAAUGACACCAAUUUGAAAUGUAGGCCCAUGGUACAUGUCUUAAUUUAGUUUGAGAAAAGCUAAGGGAUUGGUCAAAAGAUGUCUGAGUUAUUGUCAAAUUAAAAAUGAGAUUUUAUUUGCCCAUUUAUACCACUGUAAAUCCACUCCACAGUGGCCUAUCAACUUGAAACUUGUCAUCGCUGUCAUGGACGUCCCUAAGAUGAGCCACACUGAAUUAUUCUAUCGGUGUUGAUAUCUCAAAAAACAAGGAAACUAUUAACAACUAAUUAUUUGCAUAUGUAACACUAAUGCCCAAAAUCAUCUGCAAUCAUCUUCUCCCCAAGAACCAUAUGUCAGAUUCACUCCAGAUUUUAUAUUUAGACUCAUUACAUCAGUCUAAUGGUUUUGAAAAAAAAUUGUUGCGGCAUUUAAAUAUCGCCGGACUUUACCUAAAUAUGCACGUUAGCACAUAUGCUAAUGAAAAAAAUACUUACAAAAUCUUCUCAUGAACAUUAAAUCAGAUUAACUCCAGAUUUGGUAUACACUGAGUGUACAAAACAUUAGGAACACCUUCCUAAUAUUGAGUUGCACCCCCUUUUUCCCCCCAGAACAGCCUCAAUUCGUCGGGGUAUGGACUUUACAAGAUGUCGAAAGUUUUCCACAGGGAUGCUGGCCCAUGUUGAGUCCAAUGCUUCCCACAGUUGUGUCAAGUUGGUUGGAUGUCCUUUGGGUGGUGGAGCAUUCUUGAUACACACGGGAAAAUGUUGAGUGUGAAAAUCCAAAUGGCAUUGCAGUUCUUGACACACUCAAACCGGUGCGCCUGGCACCUACUACCAUACCCCGUUCAAAGGCACUUAAAUAUUUUGUCUUGCCCAUUCACCCUCUGAAUGGCACACAUACACAAUCGAUGUCUAGAUUUUCUCAAUGCUUAAAAAUCCUUAUUUAACCUGUCUCCUCUCCUUCUUCUACACUGAUUUAAGUGGAUUUAACAGGUCAUAGCUUUCACCUGGUCAGUCUGUCAUGUUCCUAACUUUUUGUACACUCAGUGAAUUAGGCUGUAAUGAACUUGAGAAUGAUAAGUUGCUGCAUUCAAAGUCGGCCACACUACCAAUUUACAGCAUUAGACUAAACUUCACAUGCGUCAUCCUUGUGGUAUUGAAACAUAAACAUGGUAAUGCUUUCACUGAUUGCAUAUAAAGGAUGAUAGUUCCUACAUAAUAGAGUGCUUGCUUUGUUAUACAACUGAUCUUGUCCUUUCUGUCAUCCUGUGAACCCCAUUCAUUGCUGCUUGCAGCUAUAUUAUGAAUGUGUCCUUCUUCCACAGUUACAUUCUGAUCAGCAAGCCCUCGGUGUGGACUGAGGAGCUAAGAACCCAGUUCCUGGAGGGGUACAGUGUCUUCCUGGGGCUCCUCAACUGCAUGCAGGUACACUCAGUCGUAGGGAUGUAACGAUUCACCAAUGAGCAUCGGUCCCCGAUUCAAAUGUUUAACAUACAAGUGCAUCGGUCGGCAUACCCCAAACCGAUCCAAAUGUAGCAUGCAUCGGUCAGAAAAUCGAUUCAAACGUUACGAAUCACCGCAUUACAAACAUUCGUUCUCUAAUCAAACUGAAUUGCACCGAAACGUUUCAAAAUAAAAGUAGCGUUUCUGUAUGGUAUCGGAGCCCAUGUACAGUGCCUAUAGAAAGUCUACACCCCCCUUGGAUUUCAUCACAUUUUAUUGUUAAAAGUGAGAUUAAAAUGAAUUUAAUUGUCAUUUUUUGUCAACGAUCUACACAAAAUACUCUGUCAAAGUGGAAGAAGAAUUAAAACACUAAUAUAACUUGAUUAGAUAAGUAUUCACCACCCUGAGUCAAUAUAUGUUAGAAAAACACCUUUGGCAGCAUUUACAGCUUUGAGUUUUCUUGGGUAAAUCUCAUAAGAGCUUUGCACACCUGUAUUAUGCAAUAUUUGCACAUGUAUUAUUUUCAAACUUCUUCAAGCUCUGUCAAGGUGUUGGGGAUCAUGGCUAGAUAGGAAUAUUCAAGUCUUGACAAAAAUGUGGCAAAACUGUAACUUGGCCACUCAGGAGCAUUCACUGUCUUCUGGGUAAGCAACUCCACUGUAGAUUUGGUAGUGCUGAGCGAUUAACCGAAAUUCCUAUAAUUUUUCAUUUUUUAAAGGACUAAUUGACCAACAUUGGUUCAAUUAUUUGAAUUCCAUUUCGUUCAGUAUUUUUUCUGUGAGCGCAACGCGCACAUUGCACAGUUUCUCUAGAGAUAAAUCAGACUCAGCCUCAACUGUGCGAUGUAAUAGGGAGUUGUAGUUUCCAACAGGCCAAUAUUCUACACAGUUUAGCGCAUAAAAUGUGGUAAUUAAUUACAAUGACCAUAAUCCAUUGCACAUCUACUUGUCCGGUCUGUUUCUUUUACGCCUGCUACAGAAAAGACAGAAGAAUGCAUAAUCGUGAGGUGAUAUAGAGAGCAGCUGUUGCUUCGCGAAGUAUCUCUACCUGAAAAUACAUUAUCUAAGUGAUUUGUUAGUUGGUAUUCAGCAGUCAUAAAACUAGAACUACAAAAUAGUGAUUUUGUCAGACAGCAUAGGCAGCAGCUCUAUAGAGAUGAGAUGAUGACUUGGAAUGAAAUAAUAGUCAUAUAAAACAAAUGUAAUAUUUUAUUAAAGUAAAGGAAUGUAAAUAAAUGAUGGUUAUGUAAGUGAUCAACAGUAAUGGGCAGUCACUACCAUCGUGGGACUUUUUUAAAUUAAUUGUUUUAUUCUGUGUUACAGCAUUCAACCCAUAUAAUGCAUAGUGCUUUUAAUGUUUAAAAAACAAAACAACAAAUAUAUAUAUAUAUUUUUUUUUAAUGAUCAAACAAACUGAACCGACCUCAAAAAGUAAUAAGCACUGAGCACUAAGAUUUGGCUUUGUGUUGUAGGUUAUUGUCCUGCUGAAAGGUGAAUUCCUCUCUGUGUCUGGUGUAAAGCAGACUGAAGCAGGUUUUCCUCACAUUUUGCCUGUGCUUAGCUCCAUCCCGUUUCUUUUCAUCCUGAAAAACUCCCCAGUGUUUGCUGAUGUCAAGCAUACCCAUACCAUGAUGCAGCCACCACCAUGCUUGAAAAUACGGAGGCAGGCAGUUACUCAGUGAUGUGUUGUGGUGGAUUUGCCCCAAACACAAGGCUUUGCAUUUAGGCCAAAAAGUGUAUUUCUUGCCCUGUGUUUUUGCAGUAUUACUUUAGUGCCUUGUUGCAUACAUAUGCAUGUUUUGGAAUAUUUUAAUUCUGUAUAUUUUUGUUCUUCUUUUCACUCAGUAAUUUCUGUCAUUAUUGUGGAGUCACUACAAUGUUGUUGAUCCAUCCUCAGUUUUCUCCAUCACAGCCAUUGAACUCUGUAGCUGUUUUAAAACACCAGUGGCCUCAUGGUGACAUCCCUAAGCAGUUUCCUUCCUGUCCUCCAGCUCAGUUCAGAAGGACAACUGCAUCAUUGAUGUGUCUGGGUGGUUUAAUACAUCAUCCACAGCAUAAUUAUUAACUUGACCAUGCCCAUCUACCAGUCACUUCCCUUCUUUAUGAGGCUUUUGAAAAGCUCCCUGGUCUUUGUAGUUGAAUCUGUCAUUGAAACUCAGUACUUGGCUCAGGGACCUUACAGAUGUAUGUAUGGGGACAGAGGAAGGAGUAGUCAUUCAAAAUCAUGUCAACCCCUAUUAUUUCACACAGAGUGAAUCCAUUUAACUUGUGUGAUUUGUUAAGCCAAAUUUGACUUCUGAACUAUUUGAGGCUUGCCUAAACAAAGGGGGUGAAUACUUAUUCAACAACUAUAUUUGAGUUAUAAAUGUUUUAUUCAUUAAAACAAAUAAAAUAAAAAGCAUUUUCUUUUCACUUUGACAUUAUGGAGUAUUUUGUGAAACCCCGCUCCCCCCAAACCCCCACCCAAAUUAAAUAUAUUUUUCAAUCCCACUUUGUAAUGCAACAAAAUGUGAAAAAGGUUCAAGGGGGUGUAGACUUUCUAUAGGCACUGUAUCUAGAUACGUGUUGAAUAGUCUUGAAAGGGAAAGAUCUCUACUCAGUGGCUUUACACUCUGGGGUAACUGUCUGGCAUUAGGGCUUUUGUAAUGACUUGCAGUCUUUGCCUCCAUCAUGGAAUAUCACCAGAUAUGUGUUAUAUCCCAAUGUUUUUUGGUAGGGUAUGGAGGAGGUGAAGAGGCAGUUUGGUCAGCACAUCGAGAUCGAGCCUGAAUGGGAGGCUGGGUUUUCUAUCCAGAGACAGCUACGACACAUCCUUGUCAUGUUCCAUGACUGGUGUUCAUCUGAUGUAAGUCCUCACGCAAUGCUUAAAAAAAAAAUCCCCAACAACCUCAAAAUCUCUAAUUUUACAUUUAAGUCAUUUAGCAGACGCUCUUAUCCAGAGCGACUUACAAAUUGGUGCAUUCAACUUAGGAUAGCCAGUGGAACAACCACCCUUUUUAAAUGUAUUUUCUUUAUGGGGGGGGGGGGGGGGGGGGGGGGGUAGAAGGAUUACUGUUAUACUAUUCCAGGUAUUCCUUAAAGAGGUAGGGUUUCAAGUGUCUCCGGAAGGUGGUCAGUGACUCCGCUGUCCUGGCGUCGUGGGGGAGCUUGUUCCACCAUUGGGGUGCCAGAGCAGCGAAUAGCUUUGACUGGGCUGAAUGGCUAAAUGUGGAAGUGUAUGUUGCUAUGUACUUGACUGGGAUAUCUGCCCAUGCCUUCAGGAGACAGUUCUCCUCCUUCAAGGAGUGCCACAGGGCGCUGAUGCGCUGCAAUAACCAACCCUUUCACAGCGAGUCCAUAGACUACUACAUGUGCAAACACAUCCUCCAUGUACUUCCCUACAAGGUGUCCCAGGAGCCUGUCAGCAUACACCUGCCCAUCUCCAGGGCGCUCGGUGGUAAGGAGAACCAUACUGUCCAAUUUGGACAUUGCGCUAUGUGUUGGGACAGUAGUUGUGGAAAUUAAGAUGGUGUUAUGUUGGUGAAACAGCAUGCAUGUUGCUUAUGCUGUCAGCCUGUUCCUUAUGCUCUCUAGGCCUGUAUGUACAGCUGUGUAGUACAGGGGCAGUCAAAUGCCUCCACGAAUAUGUGGAUCCAGUAAGUAUCUGUGACAAGUGAAAACUCACUUUAAGUCAUUCAGUCUGUUUUUUGUGUUUGAUCUGUAGUAAGUCAGUAAGAAUCAGCUUCGUAUCGUCAGUCAGCAUGUGCUGUGUUGUUUUGCUUGUGCACUGCAGACUAUCUUCUUCCAACUGCUGUUGGGCCGUCUGUGUUACAGGAGAGCUGUGACUUCACCUGGUUUGCGGAGCACCCCCUGUGCUGUGUGGUGCUGGCUGCCCAGGUCUCAGCUGAGAUGUGGCGCAGGAACGGCCUCUCGCUCGUCAGCCAGGUGAUAGGCGGGAUGGUUUUGAUGGGCUUGUGGCGUCAACUGUUGCUAAACCCAUAACUUUUCAGGGAUUGAUUUCACAUUUUGUGAUCGCUGUCAUGUCAGUUAGUGUUUCAGUGUAUGGUUAUUUGUAAUUUGCAGGUGUACUAUUAUCAGGAUGUAAAAUGCAGGGAUGAGAUGUUUGACAAGGAUGUCAUCAUUUACAUUACAGUCAUUUAGCAGACACUCUUAUCCAGAGCGACUUACAUAUUUAUUUAUAUAUAUAUAUAUUUUUUUUUUAUACUGGAAUCGAACCCACAACCCUGGCAUUGCAAAUGCCAUGCUCUACCAACUGAGCUACAUCCCUGCCGGCCAUUCCCUCCCCUACCCUGGACGACGCUGGGCCAAUUGUGCACCGCCCCACGGGUCUCCCGGCCAGCUGCGACAGAGCCUGGAUUCGAACCAGGAUCUCUAGUGGCACAGCGAUGCAGUGCCUUAGACCACUGCGCCACUCAGGAGGACUACAGGUUAGUGCUACAGGUUAGUGUUUAACAGCAGCAACAUUGUCCUGCACUCACCUGCUUUUUAUUCUAUGGAGUCUCCUGACUACCAAUACAUGAUUUAAGUCUCCUCUCAAAACUUUUUUCAGAUUGCUGCUUCCAAAAUGGACCCCAGCCACUUCAUCAUGCUGAUCUUGCAAAGAUUUGAGCUCUUUGAUGUGUUCAAUGGAAGCCACUCAAGCAAAGACCAAGUAAGAGAGACCAAUGACUAUUGGUUCAAAUAAAUAAUUAUUACAUUUAGGUACAAAUGGUUAAUAAAAUACCAAUCCUUCUGUACAGGAACUGCUGAAACAGUGGAAUCGGUUAACAGAAGAGAUGUUCUACCUCAUCAUCAUUGUUGGUACAUCCCUAAGCUGCAUUCUAAACAACAUCUCUACUAAAGUAAAUGUCUCUCCCGUGCUGGAGAACUCCUAGUGUAUAGUUAGUAAGUUGACUGUGUAUAGUGACAUCACGUUGGCUAGAUGAUAUAGCAGUUAUCGAUUAUGUUGAGUCAAUUGCACACAAGGUCCAACCGAAAUUUGACUUCUGCUUUAAACCCAACCCAUCCGAAAGACACACAUACAUAUACAGGUUUUGGAGAGAUGCGGGAGGCUGCCGCACUGCGUGCCCGGGGAGCUGUUGUUGUGGGGGUUAAGUGCCUUGCUCAAAGGAACAACGGCAGGCAAUGGCAUCUAGGAUUUGAUAGCUCACUUCCCACCAGUUCGGAUUUGAACAGGCAAUCCUCCGGUUGCUGGCUCGCACCUCUAACCGAGAGGAGGGGGUCUCAUUCUGUAUGUCAUGUCCCCAGGGGAGCGGUAUGUCGCACGGCAAGCGGUACCGGAGUGCCAAGUCUAGGUCCAAAAUACUUCUCAACAGCUUCUACCCCCAAGCCAUAAGACUCCUGAACAGCUAAUCAUGGCUACCCGGACUAUUUGCACUGCCCCCCCACCCCAUCCUUUUUACGCUGCUGCUACUCUGUUAAGUAUUUAUGCAUAGUCACUUUAACUCUACCCACAUGUACAUAUUACCUCAACUACCUCAACUAGCCGGUGCCCCGCACAUUGACUCUGCAACGGUACCCCCCUGUAUAUAUAGCCUCCCUACUGUCACUUUAUUUUACUUCUGCUCUUUUUUUUCUCAACACUUUUUUUUGUUAUUGUUGUUUUAUUUUUACUUUUUUUGUUUAAAAUAAAUGCACUGUUGGUUAAGGGCUGUAAGUAAGCAUUUCACUGUAAUGUCUGCACCUGUUGUAUUCGGCGCAUGUGACCAAUAAAAUUUGAUUUGAUUUGAUGUCCCAGGGAUCAGUCAGGUGACCAAAGAGGAUGUGACGAUGAGGGAAGUGAUCCAUCUGCUGUGCAUCGAGCCCAUGGCUCAUAGCAGCCUGGUCAAGGGCCUGCCGGAGAACGUGAGAACGUGGACCUAUACUACACCUCUAAAGCACCAAUACUGUUACCACUCCUUCCACCCUUUUAUACUGCAACAAUGUACUGUCUUUGUUUGUUUGUAGGAGAUCCAUGAAACUGACCUGGAAACGGUCAUCCCAAAAGUGGCCACCUUCAAGUAAGUGUAACACUAAGGUCAUCUUGACCAUAAUGAUACAAAUAAUAACAUUUUUUUCAAAAGAUAAUUAAGUUUGAGGAGCUUUUUCACUGACUUGUUGAUCCUCCUAUUUAGGAAGCCAGGUGUGUCAGGCCACGGCUUGUAUGAAGUGAAAAAGGAGUGCCUGUCAGAAUUCACUAUUCUAAAUCUCAGCAUAGCAAGGUACGAUUGUACACACACAUUAUAUUUGUUUUUCCAAAGCAGUUUUUUGCCUUGGCUGCUGGCAUUUGCAAAUGUGUAAGCUUGUGACCUCACCUCUCUGUGCUCCAGGCAGAAGAUGCUCAGAAGAAGAGAAGAACUCAGGAGGGCAGUGACAAAGGUGAGAUGGAACUGAUCAUCGUACUUUAAAAGAAUGGAACACAGUGUUAUUAUGAGCCAAUCCCUGUAGGUGAUUCCCUAUUUACUUAUGAUUCAACACGGUCUCUCCCUGUCUCUGUCCAUGCCCAGCCCUGCGUCCCCCCGUCCCCCCUCCUUUUUGCCCAGCCUUCUCCAGCAUAGUGCGUCUGCUCUGCUGUGACAUCCUCGUCCACAUCCUCAGACAAGUCCUGCAGAGAGCUGUGGAGGACCGGGCCACCUACUGGACAGAGGCCAUGAUCCAGAGGGUACCUUUCUCUCUCUCUGUGUCUCUCUCUCACUCUCUCUCUCUCUCACUCUGUCUCUCACUCUGUCUCUCACUCUGUCGCUCUGUGUGUGUGUGUCCCCCUCCUCUCCUUUUUAUAUGAACCACCUGUAAAAGUGUGUGCUCCCCUCAGGCCCUGCACCUUAUAGGCCAGGGGCUGUUGGAGGAGAAGACGCAGCUGGGAGCCAGCCCUGUGGAGGGGGUCACCUUUGACUUCAGCCUCAAGGCUCGCAGUGAGUGUGCUAGAUAUUACUUUUUGGUUGCAAAUAUUGAUCACUUGGAUGGUUUUGUAUUGAGUCUUGGUAUAUGACAUUUUCUGUUUCUCUACUCUCUCAGAGAUCGGCUCAGAGCCUGGCAAAUCUGUGUUCCACCUCCUGUCCAAGAUGAAGGUCCAGGCUGUCAGAAGUGUCUGGGAGCUCUGUGGCAGACAGGAUGAGGAGAGGGGUCACGCCCUUCCUGCGCUGCGCUGCCCUCUUCUUCAAUUGUGUUACAGGGGUGCCCCCUCCAGAGGAGCUCUCCAGUACUACAGGUAGGUAGCUCAGGGCUCUGACUGUUGUGGUGUGUAUGGGGAUUGAAUACAUGUUUCUUUGAGGGUUUUACUGAACCACUUAUGCUGUCUCUGCUGCAGUUACCUCUCAAGGCCAGGUGGAGGCGCUGUGUAUUUAUCUGGCAUUACCCACCAAUGUGUUCCAGCUCUUCCAAGAGCACCAUGGAACUGUCUCUCCUUGAUUACAGAGGUUAUCCCAAUAACCUGUUAGUCACAACCAAAGUACAUUGGAAUGAAUGGGGCAUUUAUACAUCUUUAACUGAUGUUCUUAUUAUCAGAUUUCUAGUGUGGUAGCUAAUUGUACUAUAUGUGAUAUUUAACUGAUGGCCUCUGUCUCUCAGAUGGUGAGGCCACCCAGCUGUAACCAAAGCCCUAAAAGGGGAAAUGCAGACUAUCAGGUAAACUCAAAAUAUCUUUGCCACUGAAUGGAAAAUAUUUGGGAUUUUAUUCCAUUCUUCCCUUUUAUCCAGUAUGAAUAACUGAAUCUUUGAUAACAUGAAUAUUGCAGGUAUCCCAGGAAAAGGAAUCGGUUAAUUGAGCUUCCUGCGGAUUACAGCGCGCUCCUCAAUCAAGCCAGUCACUUUCAGUAAGUAGACACCACUGACUUGGAUUAUCAUAAACUGAAUGAUGGGAUAGUUGGUGUGUUCCAGUGGAGACUGAGUCCUCUCUCUCUCUCUGCCCUCGUGUCCAGGUGUCCUAACUCCACAGAUGAUGAGAGGAAGCACCCCACCCUGUGCCUGUUCUGUGGGACCAUCCUGUGCUCCCAGAGCACCUGCUGUCAGAACCAGCUGGACGAGGAGAAGGUGGGCGCCUGCACCGCUCACGCUGCCACCUGUGGGGCCGGAGUGGGCAUGUUCCUC